AGUAAAAUUGAACGCAGCCAUUUUAUUUACUCUGUUGUUGACAAAUCGUCAACCUGUCAUAUAAAAAUAAUAAAAUAUUUAAAAAAUUAAUUUUAUUCUUGACUAAAACCAGUCAUGGAUCUUUUGAAAGCAGAAAUAAUGAAAAAACGCAAGCAAUUAGAAGAAAGUAAUGUACUGAAAAAUAAUCGAAAAUAUUUCAAAGUCGGUGAGUUGGAGUCAAACAAAACUGAAACUUCAGAAUUAAAUAGUAAUAAAAGUGACGUAGUUAACCCAGUAGUUAAUAAUCAUUCUGAAGACUCUGUUGAGAAUACAGUAGAGCAUCAGAGAUUAUCCCGACCAGAAGUUAUCAAAAGAUUACGAGAACGCAGCGAGCCGAUUUUAUUAUUCGGCGAAUCAGAAAUAGAAUCAUUCCAACGUUUGCGUAAAUGUGAAAUUCUUCAACCGGAAGUUAACAAAGGAUUUAGAAAUGAUUUUCAAGAAGCUAUGGAUCAAGUCGACCAGGCGUAUUUGAAUGAAUUACUAUCGUCCUCGAAACCAAAUAACGAACGUAAGGGAGACGUAAAUGUACCUGAUGAAGAAGUUACUUAUGAAGACAUUGAAAAAAUGUCUGUUAAAUUGAAUCGAGGGGAUCGAGACUUUGACAUGAGUGUCAUUACUCAGUUUCUUCAGUUUUUGGUUCAAAUUUGGGGCGUGCAGUUGAACAGCCGCAGUUCUGCUGAGAAAAUGAGCACCAAGGGAAAGAUGGCGAGUGCUACUUACGCGCAGACUAGAGAAUAUUUGAAACCUUUGCUAAGGAAAUUAAAAAAUAAAUCACUACCUGAAGAUAUCACUGACAGUCUUACGGAAAUUGUCAAACAUCUUCUAGAACGUAAUUAUAUUUUGGCAAGUGACGCAUAUCUUCAAAUGGCAAUUGGAAAUUCCCCAUGGCCUAUUGGUGUUACUAUGGUUGGUAUCCACGCCCGUACUGGAAGAGAAAAAAUUUUCUCUAAAAAUGUUGCCCAUGUUAUGAACGACGAAACUCAAAGAAAGUACAUACAAGCAUUGAAAAGAUUAAUGACUAAAUGUCAGGAAUAUUAUCCUACAGAUCCUUCGCGAUGUGUCGAAUACACUAAAGUGUAAUUUAAUAAUUAAAUUAGUGCACAUUGUAAAAAUAUUUAAUAAUUAUGUUAUUGUAAGUAUAAAAAAUAUAACUUUUAGUUUUUUUUUUCUAAAUAAU